UGUGUGAAGGAGCUGAGCCCAUGCGGACUGCCAUCUGACCCACUCUUAUCAAUGAAACAGGAGAUCAUGGCGGAGGGUCCCCGAUGUAAGAGGCGAAAACAAGCCAACCCGAGAAGAAAGAACGUGCUGAGCUAUGAGAACAUGGUGGAUGCUGGCUCAGAGUCUGAUGAGGAGGACAGGCCGUUGGCAUCAGAGGGUGAAGGUAGCCCAGCAGGCGUCCCUAGUCUGGAGGCCUCACCCCGUGUGGGCCACGCCCUGCUCUCCUGCCGUGGUAGUGAGGAGAUUGAAGGCAGGGACAUCUGGCGUCAUGGAGAAGUCAAUGGUACAGAGAAACAAAAGGUUGAGUACAGUUCUUUGAGCCCUGACCUCUCUCUACAUGUUGGAAAUGGUACAGUUAAGGGUAUCGACAACACUUCCGAGUUGGACAGCUUCUUUGGCAAGAGGAAGCUGGAAGACAAUGAGGGACAUGCUGCGAGCAUUGAAGAGUACCUGCAACGUGGUGACACGGCCAUCAUAUACCCAGAAGCCCCUGAGGAGGUCACCCGGCUGGGGACGCCAGAAACUAAUGGGCUGGAUGAGAGUGAAAAUGACCUCACAGCGCCGAGGACCCCAGAUGCUUUUGCCCAACUGCUGACCUGUCCAUAUUGUGACCGUGGUUACAAGCGGCAGACCUCACUGAAGGAGCACAUUAAGUACAGGCAUGAGAAGAAUGAGGAAAGCUUUCCUUGCCCUCUCUGCAGUGACACAUUCAGUUAUCGCACUCAACUGGAACGUCACAUGGCCACUCACAAACCUUCUAGGGACCAGCCUCAGAUAAUGAAUGAAGGGGCCAGCAAUCGCAAGUUCAAAUGCACAGAGUGUGGCAAAGCCUUCAAAUACAAGCACCAUCUGAAGGAGCACCUCCGCAUUCAUAGUGGUGAGAAGCCAUAUGAAUGUUCCAACUGCAAGAAGCGAUUCUCUCACUCUGGGUCCUAUAGUUCCCACAUCAGUAGCAAGAAGUGUAUUGGGCUAGUCUCCAUUAAUGGACGGGUACGCAAUGGGGUUGGUUCUAAGGCUGGCUCCUCCCCAAACUCUACAGCCUCUUCACCUGGUAGUCCUGCCCUUGCCCAGCUUCGGCACAAACUGGAGAAUGGCAGAUCCAUGGGCCUUCAGGACACAACAGGCCAUUUGGAUAUCAAAGCCGAGCCCAUGGACUUCAAUGAGUAUCGUCUUAUGAUGGCAUCCCAACAAGAAUUUGGAGCCUUUGUUAAUGGUAGUGGCCAAGAUGGAAGUCCCUUACGGAUCCAUGGUUCAUCUCAGAACCCUUUGCAACACUUCAGUGUGGGAUUAGACUCCCCUCUGUUAAGCUACCCAAGCCUGAGCAACAAUCUAAGUGAGGUGCAGAAGGUCCUGAAGAUUGUUGACAACACUGUGUGUCGACAAAAGAUGGAUAGCAAUCCUGAAGAAAUCUCCAAGUUGCGAGCUUACAUGAAGGAGCUGGGUUCUCAAAUGGAGGAACAGAAGCUGGCCAUGGCUUCCUCGAGGUCAGGUUUCCCUGGAGUCGGCCACAACAGCCCCACUAAAAGCAUCAUUGACUACACACUGGAGAAGGUGAAUGAAGCCAAAGCUUGCAUCCAGAGCUUGACUGAUGAUUCCAAGAGACGGGUGGGGGACAUCAAGAAAGAGAAGCCCAGUCAUCAUAUAGACUUCGUUUCUGAGGAGAAAGCACAGGACAGAGAUGCUCAGUAUGCACUAUAUUCUUGUCAGUACUGCAAAGAGACCUUCCCUGGCCCCAUCCCUUUGCACCAACACGAGCGCUAUCUGUGCAAAAUGAAUGAGGAGAUCAAGGCUGUCCUUAAGCCCAGUGAGGCUUCAGCCACCACCCGCAGGGGACUUUUUGGCACUGAUGAACCAGCUGUGAUGCUAUCAUCUUCUCUGUCAGAAAGAGGAGGAACCAGUCCCACCAAUCCCUUUAAGGACCAUUUACCAGUCCUGAAGGCCUACCUUGCAAUGAAUACUGAGCCCAACUCUGAGGAACUCCGCAAGAUCUCCAUUGCAGUUGGUCUUCCCCAAGAGUUUGUGAAGGAGUGGUUUGCACAGUGGAAAGCCCAAUCUCAACCCAGCAUGUUCCGAAAAAGGUCUCCUCCCCCAGAGAGAAGCAGCAUUGAAGCCAACUACAGCUUGGCUAGGGAAACAGCACUUGCACGAUCACCUAUUUCCAUGGUCCAGUAUGGUGACUCCAUGGGAGAGCUCCACAGUGGCACCACUAACGGUGAUGCAGGGCACAGGCAUGUAAAGCAACACCAGUUUACAAGCAUCAGACAGACAGCUGACAGGCCUCUUGACUCCUUGGACCACUUGAGAGGAGAAACACCUUCACCUUUGAACCUCUCAUCCACAUCUUCCAAAAACUCUCACAGCAGUUCAUACACACCCAACAGCCUUGCCUCUGAGGACACACAUGGUGAACCACUAGACUUAUCUCUGCCAAAACAUGUUAGGGACCCUAAAGCAGACAGGAGGCCUAAGCCGAAUGGUUUUGCCAUUGACCGUAAUGGUGACCCCACUGCCAGGGAUCAGGGAACAGAACCUCUGGACUUGGCCCACAUUAAGAAAGAGUUCAAUGGGUCCAACGCCAUAGGCAAUGAAAACCAGCUAGAUAAAAGCUCCAGCCCUAUUUUCAGCAUUAACCCUUUUGGUGGCGGUCCAAUGUACACACCCCUUCCACCUCAUGGGGCAUUUCCUCCACCCACUUUCAUGCCACCAGCCCAGACCAGCAUCCCAGGGCUCAGGCCUUACCCAGGGCUGGACCCUAUGAGCUUUUUGCCACACAUGGCUUACACUUAUGCAGCCGGGGCAGCCACCUUUGCGGAGAUGCAGCAAAGAAGGAAAUACCAACGAAAGCCAGGCUUCCAGGGGGAGCUACUGGACAGCACAGGGGACUAUCUGUCAGGGCUGGAGGACCUGACAGACAGCGAGUCGCUGCUUGCCCGGAAGAAGAUUAAGAAGACAGAAAGUGGUAUGUACGCGUGUGACUUGUGCGACAAAACAUUCCAGAAGACCAGUUCCCUCCUAAGACACAAAUAUGAACACACAGGGAAACGGCCUCACCAGUGCCAGAUCUGUAAAAAGGCCUUCAAGCACAAGCAUCAUCUCAUUGAGCACUCGCGCCUGCAUUCAGGAGAGAAGCCCUACCAGUGUGACAAAUGUGGCAAGCGCUUCUCACACUCUGGCUCAUACUCACAGCACAUGAACCAUCGCUACUCCUACUGCAAACGUGAGGCUGAGGAACGUGAGGCUGCCGAACGGGAGGGCCGUGACAAAAGUGGCCCCCUGGAACCCACUGAGUUGCUUAUGCGAAGGGCUUACCUGCAGGGCCUGGGGCCCCUAGGGUACUCCGAUCCUGAGGACCAGGGAGUGGACACAGCACGUGGCAGCACCAUCCUUAGGGAUGACAUGGAGGGCAGGGACAGGGAGGGGGAGGGGAUGUACCCAGAGAAGACGGACAGGCAGGAGGUUGGGUUUAGGGAAGAGGAGGAAAUGGAGGAAGUGGAGGAGAGGUUGGAGAGCAAGAGCCCGGACAGAGAAAUGAAAGAUAGGAAUGAGGCAAAGGGACAAGUGGAGGAUGAACGCUCAGGAGAGGAGAAAACAGUGAAGGAGAUGGAGGAAGAAGAAGAGGGGAAGGUGGAGGAUGCUGAUUAA